GGUAAAGAGUCACUUGAUGUAUGCGGUGAGGGAGGAAGUGGAGGUCCUCAAAGAGCAAAUCAAAGAGCUGAUAGAAAAGAACUCCCAGCUGGAGCAAGAAAACACUCUGCUAAAAACACUCGCCAGCCCGGAGCAGCUCGCCCAGUUCCAAGCACAGCUGCAGACUGGUUCCCCGCCUUCCUCUUCCCAGUCACAAGGGACAACACAGCAGCCUGCUCAGCCGGCAUCACAGGGGUCGGGGCCUUCAGCAUAGUUCAAAAUGCUAUUGCCAUCGUGAUCGCUGGCCUCUGGACUGUCCAGAGCAAGAAGGACUAGCGGGAAUCCGCCACAGCCACCCUUCAUCCAUUUCAAUGCACGUUGCAACCCAGACUGAGGACUCCAUGCCCUGCACACAUCGGGAGAGGCUUCUCCCCCCCUGUAUUACACACUCAUCUGUCUCUCUCUUCCCUCCCUUCCCCCUUUGGCUUGAAGGAGUCUUUGUUCUUAGGUUGAUUGUAAAAUAAACUUCUUCCAGAGAAUUAGCACAAGUACACUGGGGACUUGAGCAGCUUCUGCAAGUGGCUGAGAAACGAAGCUGCAUGCCUGCAUUUUUUUGGUUUGUUUUUAAAUCUUCCACUCAUCCAGUGAUGUAACUGAUACAAGUGCUUUUCGAGCUUGGAAAUAUGAAGAAAUAGACUGGAGUGAAAAGCGAUGGCUCAAUCCCCCAUAGUGCACUGGGGUUCCAAAGUGAGGACUGGUGCAUAGGAUCUUAAGAGGAAGAGGGAGAAAGGUAAAUUCAGUGUUUAACACUUAACUGUCACCUGAAACCUUAAGUGCAAAUAUUUGCACCGUUUUCUGAAGCAGUGGACAGGUGCAUAAAGCUGUGUUGUAUAUAGAAAGCAGGUAGGUGACGUACAGUUGGGUCAUAGGAUAAUUACAAUGAAGGUUAUUUGCCUACUGUAUAUUUGUGUAUUUAGUGUAAUUACUUUGUAAAAUAGAAAACUGUAACUAUUUAGGUUGUACAGAUUGAAGUUUAGUUGUUUCAUUGGCUGAAGAAGUUUGGGAAGUUGUUUGGUUUUUUUUUUUUAUUUUUAAUGCUACAUAAAUAAGAAUGCACCUACGCAACUGUUCAGAAUUUGGCAGAUUUAUGCUGUUUGUGUAACUUCUGAAGUUCCCUGGCUGCUGAUUAUCUUGAGGUAAAUCUUUGUUCAUUGUAGUUUGGUUCAAGACAGGAAAAACCACUCCAAAAAUUAUCAAACCCUGCUAGCAAAGAAUUUAAAAAAAAAAAAAAAAAAUUGGGUUUCCCAGUAUGGAUUUUUUGCAUAUUAUCUGUAUAGUAGUAUGCAUAUGUUUUUGUGCAUGUUCUCUAAACAGUUGUAACACGUCAAUGUAUUUAACUGUUGCACUUGUCAACUUUCAAUAAAGCAUAUGAUGUUGAUAAA